CAACUGUUCAGCAGCCUUCCCUGGAAGAUGCAGCUCCUCCUCAUCCUGGUGGCCUUCCUCCUACCUCCUGGGGCUGGAGCAGAGGAGAUCGUUGGAGGCCGUGAAGCCAGGCCCCAUUCCCACCCCUACAUGGCGUAUCUUCGCAUCCAGUCACCAGGGGGAGGAGCUGCUUGUGGGGGCUUCCUGGUGCGAGAAGACUUUGUGAUGACAGCAGCUCACUGCUUGGGAAGCACUAUAAGGGUCAUCCUGGGGGCGCACAACAUCAGUAGGCAGGAAAGGACCCAGCAGCGCAUACAGGUGCGCAGAGCCAUCCCACACCCUAGAUAUCGCAGGCAGAACCUUCAAAAUGACAUCAUGUUACUGCAGCUGGAAAAUAGAGCUACGCGGAAUCAAUUCGUGAGGCCAGUGGCUCUGCCUCAGUCCCAGGCCCAGCUGAGACCUGGGUCCCGGUGCACUGUAGCAGGCUGGGGCCUGGUGGGCCAGAACAGACCAACAGACACACUCCGGGAUGUGCAGCUGGAGGUGCAGAGGAAUCAAGUAUGCAGCAAUACCUUUAAUGUCUUCAAUGGCCAAAGCCAGAUUUGUGUAGGAAACCAAAGGGAGAGGAAGACCGCCUUCCGGGGGGACUCCGGAGGCCCCCUUGUGUGCAACAAUGUGGCUCAAGGCAUUGUCUCCUAUGGAAAUGGAGUUGGAACCCCUCCAGAAGUCUUUACCAAGGUUUCCAGCUACCUGCCUUGGAUAAGUAGAACAAUGAGACUCUUUAAAACAACAAGGAAUCAAAAGAGACAUCACACCACCCCACCUCUAAUGGACUCUUCUUCUCUGGAACAGAGCUAGUUGUCAGAGAUUUAAUAAAUGCCCGUGUCUCGAGUGCAAAUAACUGUUUUCUCAUGUUAUUAAACGUCAUU